AUGAGAUGGAGAAGGGAGACAGAUCAUGAAGACCGGGAUUGCCUGAGACGUCUCUCCAGCAAUAGUGCUUCCAAUGGUGGCGACCUUAGCUGGAUCUCCAAAAUACAAGUGAAUCACCCAGCAGUUCUGAGGCGAGCAGAACAAGUCCAGGCUCGCAGAACCGUGAAAAAGGAGUGGCAAGCUGGUUGGCUCCUGAAAGCAGUUACCUUUAUAGACCUUACUACACUUUCAGGCGAUGACACAUCUUCCAACGUUCAAAGGCUCUGUUAUAAAGCCAAGUAUCCAAUCCGGGAAGAUCUCUUAAAAGCUUUAAAUAUGCAUGAUAAAGGCAUUACCACAGCUGCCGUUUGUGUUUAUCCUGCCCGGGUGUGUGAUGCAGUGAAAGCGCUGAAGGCUGCAGGCUGUGAUAUUCCAGUGGCAUCAGUGGCUACUGGCUUUCCAGCUGGACAGACUCAUUUAAAAACACGAUUAGAAGAGAUCAGAUUGGCUGUGGAAGAUGGAGCUACAGAAAUUGAUGUAGUGAUUAACAGGUCCUUGGUGCUGACAGGCCAGUGGGAAGCCCUGUAUGAUGAGAUUCGUCAGUUUCGCAAGGCCUGUGGGGAGGCUCAUCUCAAAACCAUCUUAGCAACAGGAGAACUUGGAUCUCUUACUAAUGUCUAUAAAGCCAGUAUGAUAGCAAUGAUGGCAGGAUCAGAUUUUAUUAAGACCUCUACUGGAAAAGAAACAGUAAAUGCCACCUUCCCAGUAGCUAUAGUAAUGCUACGGGCCAUUAGAGAUUUCUUCUGGAAAACUGGAAACAAGGUAGGCUUUAAACCAGCAGGAGGCAUCCGCACUGCAAAGGAUUCCCUUGCUUGGCUCUCUCUCAUAAAGGAGGAGGUAGGAGAUGAGUGGCUGAAACCAGAACUCUUUCGAAUAGGUGCCAGCACUCUGCUUUCGGACAUCGAGAGGCAGAUUUACCAUCAUGUGACUGGAAGAUAUGCAGCUUAUCAUGAUCUUCCAAUGUCUUAAAUCAGCAACGAAUUCUGGAAAAGUUUUUUACAACAACAUUUAAAAAUUAUUUUCCACGUAAUUGCUAAAAUUAUUUAAUUAAAAAAUGAAGUAAUAGAUAACUGACUUUUUUCCCUUAAAAUUUCCAUUGAAUUUAAUUCAAAGAGUGAAAGAAAAAAACAGCUCAUCCAUGCAUGUUGCUUAUUUCAGGCACAUCUGAAAUGGUCUUAAUUCCUAGAAGAUCUGCACUGUUAAUUUUGUGAAGGUUUUCUCUUAAAAACUCUGAGUAAAAUGUUAAUGAUAACUUUGAUAACAUUAAAUAAUAAGGGGAAAAAAUGUUCAACUGCAUAAGAAAUGUGCUCUAGCCAAAGAAAAUGCAGCAUCCCUGAUCUGCUGGCUGUACUGUAACUAGACUUCAGGAGUCCUGACUCGGCACUAAUUUCCUGCCAUGAAAAGCCAUCUUUAAUUUUUGCAAGUGAUAUGCUCUUUUAUUAAUUGUUUUGCUAAUGAAAUUUCUAUCAUUGUUGUUUAAAACUAUGGAUAUCAUAGAAUUUUUUAAAUAAAAUAAAUCCCUGUAGUUGUCUAUUUUAAAAAAAGAAAACUUUAAAUUGUAACAAUACGUAUUGAAAAAUUAAUCCACUAAACAUAUGAAGAGGUUUUAUCAAUGA